AUGACUACACAAACAGAAGUUAUCACUCGCACGCAGGCCGGGACUACAUCUUCAGGGCUCCGUAGGUCCUCCACACAUUCGGCCCAUUCGAAACCAUGGGAGCGUACUGGCCACCGUGUGUCGCUCCAUUCGAAUCACUCUUCCCGGCCAGAUCCAGAAGAAGUGCACCGCCUUUCCGAACAUGUCUCGCGCCAGACGACGAGGUCGUCACAUCGCCGAACGCCGAAAUGGUACAAGAUACGCUGGUUCAGAGGUAUGAUUAGCGAUGUCAAGAGAAGGGCACCAUACUAUUGGAGUGAUUGGAAAGAUGCUUGGGACUAUAGAGUCGUGCCGGCGACUGUGUACAUGUAUUUCGCGAACAUCCUUCCGGCAUUGGCCUUUUCCCUGGACAUGUUCACCAAAACUCACAAUUCCUAUGGUGUCAACGAAGUCCUCCUCUCCUCGGUUAUGGCAUGCGUUAUCUUUUCUCUGUUCGCUGCACAGCCGCUCGUCAUCGUCGGAGUUACAGGUCCAAUCACAGUGUUUUCGUACACAGUCUACGACAUUGUCGUUCCCAAUGGCACGAAUUACUUUGCAUUCAUGGCCUGGAUCGGCAUAUGGUCACUACUCAUGCAUUGGCUGCUCGCUGUUACCAACAGCUGCAAUGCACUGACAUACGUCACCCGGUUCAGCUGCGACACCUUUGGCUUUUAUGUUGCUUUCAUCUAUCUCCAGAAGGGAAUCCAGGUUCUCACGAGACAAUGGGGCCUUGCUGGUGGAGAAAGUGCGUAUCUCUCUGUCAUGGUCAGUCUGCUCGUCUUGGGCUUCGCCUAUGGAUGUGGGGUGCUCGGCAACAGCAAUCUCCUGCAUCAUAUCCCUAGAAAAUUCAUUGAGGAUUACGGGACGCCUUUGACCAUUAUCUUCUUCACUGGAUUUGUCCAUACAGGACAUAUGAAAGAAGUCCGUCUGGAAACACUACCUACCAGCAAGUCGUUCUUCCCCACGGCGGAUCGUGGCUGGUUUGUACAUUUCUGGGAUAUCAGCGUUGGAGAAGUGUUUCUGGCCAUCCCUUUUGCAAUCCUGCUGACAAUCUUGUUCUGGUUCGAUCAUAACGUGUCCUCACUCAUUGCUCAAGGCAGCGAGUUUCCCCUGCGCAAACCCCCUGGAUUUCACUGGGAUAUCUUCCUCUUGGGUCUCACUACUGGCAUUGCUGGCCUACUCGGUAUUCCCUUCCCCAAUGGCCUCAUCCCACAAGCUCCUUUCCACACCACUGCGCUCUGUGCCACACGACAAGUCGCCGACGAAAAGGCUCGAGGCCACACUGUCCGUGUUGUCGACCACGUCGUUGAACAACGUGUCAGCAAUCUUGCCCAAGGGCUCCUGUUUCUGAUCACCAUGUCCGGUCCGCUUUUGAUAGUUCUUCACCUUAUCCCUCAAGGUGUACUGGCGGGUUUGUUCUUCGUCAUGGGUGUUCAGGCACUUGAAGGUAAUGGAAUCACACAAAAAUUGCUUUACCUUGCUCGUGAUAAGAAUUUGACGGACGCUACCGAUCCACUGGCACGAAUCGAUCGACAACGGGCAAUUUGGAUUUUCGUGGCGAUAGAGUUGCUCGGGUUCGGCGCAACAUUUGCUAUUUCUCAGACCAUUGCAGCUAUCGGCUUUCCGGUUUUCCUGAUUUUGUUGAUUGUUGCACGCUCCUGGUUGAUGCCGAAGUGGUUCAGGGACGAUGAGCUUCGUGCUCUUGAUGCUCCAACAGCAGGUUCUUUCGUCAUGGAAAGUGUGGGGGGAGCGUAUGGUGAGAUUGAAGAAGCUACCCCUGACCCUCGCACUCCAGAAAACGAGGUCGCUGUCGUCGACGAUACCUUGGAGAGAGGAGAAAGCUACGAAUUGGAGACAUCCAUAGCAAAUCGAAAGGCUGCUGAUGAUGGGUCUGUCCUGCGAGGUGGAGGCUCUGCGAGACGAAGGCCGAGUCACAGUGAAAUGCAGAGACCCCCAGCCGGAAUGAAAAGGAGAAGCCGAAGUUCAUUAAACACUUGA